AUGGAGUCGCGGCCGCGGUUACCGUGGCGAGAGCUCGGUAUUGAUCUCGUAGAACACGAAGCUGCUAUCGCUCUAGAGAGACCCCGAGCUUACGAUACGACGAAGAGCCAUGAGACGCCCCAAGACCACAAAAUGCGGUACAAAAGGCUGGUUUGUGCUUCGUCGCAAUGCAAGGAGGUUGUGCCUUCGACUUGUCCCUGGGAAGGCAAGGUCCUCACUUGUCUUUUGACGCGACGCACCUACCUUUUCGAAGUCGGCGAACAUUACACGGACAUUGGAUCACCGCGAAAAAAGAAACUUUCCGAGCGCCAAAAACAAUUUUGCCGAGAGCUCGCAGCUGAGCGCCUACGCCCCCAGCGGAUUAGGAAUGUCAUGGCUCGCAAGGUUGAAGCUCCGCUGUCUUCCCUCCCGUCGCUACAAACUAUUCAAAACUUUGUGAACUAUUACGCGAGGACCAAGCUGGAAAAUCAUGAUCAUCUCAAGGAGCUGCAAUUGUGGAUUCAUGCACGCGCAUUUUGUGGCACAGAGGCCAAGUGUGAGCCUUUCACUUUCUCGUGGGAGCACGAUCGUGCUGGCAAGCCGGUAGUUGGAACUGGCGCGGAUACGAAGCCUUUUUUGGUGGGAAUUACGACGAAAGUACUGAUCCGACGUCUGACUGAACCUAGCGCGAACUACAUCUUACAUUUGGAUGCCACGUUCAAGAUGACCGCCAAAGACUUCCCCGUUCUGGUGGUUGGAAUUUCAGACCGCAACCACAGUCUCCAUUUGGUGGCAUUGUUCGCCAUUUCGCAAAGGCUACAGUGGAUCUACGAAGGCACGCUCUCCGCUAUCAAGCAUCUAUUUCAAUGGGUCACUGGGCAACAUUUGGAGCUUCUGCGGGUUAUGGGGGAUGCCGAAGACGCGCAAUAUAACGCAGUUUGGUCGGGUUUUGGGAACUCGCCGCGUUUGCAGUUUUUGAUGUUUUUUUCCACGUCUUGCUCAACGUGA